CAUAUGUACUCAGUUGAUCAAGUGUGCAUUGUAUAGUGUUUAAAAGUGGAAAUAACAGAAAACUACUGGGAAAAUUGGAUACUGUACACAAGGAAUAACUAUAUACAUGAAUGUAAUGCACUGAACACUCUGAUAUUCUCUGCAUUACAGAGUACUGUACCAGGGGAAGAAUAGUGGCCUAUAUUGUCAAAAAUCGUAUUGGGGGUUACAGUGAGGUAUAUUGUAUCAAAAUGUCAGAAAGAAUAGACAAAAUAAUCUGCAGUAUUUGUUUAAACGAUUUUAAACAACCGAAAUUAAUCGACUGUCAACAUUCCUUCUGUUUGGCAUGUCUAGAAGAUUAUAUCAGCAAGACCUCGACUAACAAUCGGUUCUCUUGUCCAUUGUGCCGUCAAUAUGUGAAGGUACCUGAAGGUGGUGUAGGUGAAUUCCCUGCUAAUUCAGAUAUAGGAGACAUGUUAAUUUGUAUAAAUCAAAUCCCUCCAUGUGAUGUAUGUACAACUGGUGUUAAUGCUAAGGUUAGGUGCCAGGACUGUCAACAACAUUUGUGUAGUUCUUGUAAAGAAACACACGAUUCUUUUAAAGGUUGUCUAGAUCAUGUAGCUGUAAAUGUGGAUGAUGUUACUGUGAAUCCAUGUUCAGAUCCACAUUCUAAGGAUGUUUGUCCAAAUCACCAAGGAAGAGAAGCCAGAUGUUAUUGUAAAGAUUGUUCAAUAGCUGUUUGCUCUGAUUGUUUUGUGACUAGCCAUAUUUCCCACAAAUUCAUUGACUUACAGGAUAGGGACAAUGUAGAUAAAUUCAGAGAAGAAUUGAGAAGUUUAAAAGACGUUUUAGGGGGCCGAAUAAGUGAAUUUGAAAAAUAUUGCGAAUCUAUAGAAAAGGUUAUAGCAGAUAUUAACAACUCAGCUAAAACAUCUUGCGAAACUGUUGAUAAACAAGUUGAACAAAUCUGUAGCGAAAUUAAAGAACUUGGUGAGGAGGUCAAAAGUCAGAUUGAGAAAUCCCGUGCUGAAGAAACCGGAAUGCUGUUGCAGAUUCUUGGAGAAAUGAAAACAUCAGUUGGUGAUUUAAACACCAGUGUAAAAUCUUCAGCAGAUGUUUUAAACGAUAAAUCAAUUCUUCAGGUAAUCAACAGAAUUCCGCAAGUUCAAGAUGAAAAAGAAAAGAGCUAUUUGAGAAAGUUGGAUAUGCCGGGUGUAAAAUACACGUAUUUUGAGAAAGGGGUGAUUGAUAAAACCAUUAUAUUAAAACAACUAGGAACUAUAGAGAUUCAAGAGGAAACGAGCUUUACGAGUACUUUUAACUUGGCUGAUUUGGAAGACUUAGACAUGGAAGUUGUUUAUGGUACUGAUUACCUCACCAGUGGACAGCCGUGGUAUUUAGGUGUACAAAAAGAAAGCGAGGAAUAUAAUUCAACUUUAGGAGUUUAUUUGCACUGGCAAAAAACAUACAACAAAAGCUGUUCUGCACAAUGUAAGUUCACAUUGGUGAAUAUAACUAGUGCUAAGACAGUAAUGCGUAAUAUGAAGCAUACUUAUAGAGCGAAAGCAAUGUUUGGUUGGGGAUGGGAUUCGUUUAUAGACUGGAACCAGCUGAUAGAUGAACAAAAUGGUUACCUGGACCAAAAUAACAACUUCAUAAUUAAAACAACUAUUAGGGUAACCAAAUUAGGUGAUGAUGAUGAUGAUGAUGAUGACGAUGAUGAAGACGACGAUGAUGAUGAUACUUAUGAUGAUGAUGACUAGUAUACAUGUUUUUGGUAUCUUUUCUGAAAACAUUUCCCAAAUGCCAAAGAGCACAAAAUUAUGUAAUAUUGUAUCAGAAGAUAGCAUAACUGCGUCGGAAAUAGCAAGAAAUGUCUGCUAAUCCUGCUUUUGGGUCGUUUUAUGUUCUAUUACAUCAUUAAAUAUUGUAACGAUGUUAUAUUGAAUAUUUUCAACUGACAAUGUCUUUUUUACGGUUGCACAUUUCGAUCAGUUACAUGUAGGUUUAUUACUACCACUAGAGUAAUUAUCCUCUAAAUAGCGGAGUAAAUUAAGGUUGUUUAAAUGAAUAGGGACGUAUUUCUGCUGAUAGAAAUAUAAACCUAUAUAAGCGAAUUAAAAGCCUGGCCCGUCGUACUUGCAUGUACGACAAUACCAGCGCCCAUAAAUUUUACAUAUGUGACAGAAGAGAUACCAUAUAAAAUUUUUAAAAUACUGAACAUUAGGUUGAUCCAUAA